CACUUUAUUAAUAUUUCACUUUCCUCUUUCGUUUCAGUACCCGCCAAUAACCCACCCACUCACCCACCAAAAUGCCUUGGCUCUUCUUCUAACUCCCCUUUCUCCGAUUCGCCGCCCCUUAUCCCCACCUGGUUUUCAGUGUUUCAGUCUAACAUGGAAAGUAUUCAAUCUGUUGCUAUACUCUUAGAGUCUACAACCUCUAAGAUACAACAACUCCAGAGAGCUUUUGCUGAGCUGGAAAGCCACCGAGCUUUAACCCUUAACCUAAAAUGGAAACAAAUUGAGGAUCAUUUUCAUGGUCUAGAGAAGUCCUUGAAGAAGCGUUUUAUUGAGCUGGAAGACCAAGAAAGGCAAUUUGAAGCCAAAACAAUGCAAUCCAGAAAAUUGCUGGAGAGUCGUCAAGCAGCUGUAAUGGCUAAAGAAGAAGCUUCAUUGGGUAAACUUCAAGAGAAGCGAGAUGUUGCUGUUGCUGCAAUUGCGAGUGUCCUUGGGAAACGCAAAAGCGGAAUGACUGGAUUCGAUUCUGUUGUGGAAGAGAAACCACCUGAUGAUAUGGCUUCUGAAUGUCAGAUAUAUAAUAUAAAAAAGUUAUCUGAUAGUGACAUAAAGGCUUUAUCAAAUCCCGCGCUUGCUAAGUUAUGUGAGGAGAAUGAUGCACUAGGGCUGCACAAAUUCAUAUCAGAUAACCGAAAAAACCUUGCUUCCAUCAAGGAGGAGAUUCCAAUUGCAUUGAAGGCUGCAGCUAAUCCUGGUUCUCUGGUUUUAGAUUCGCUUAAUGGUUUUUACGCAUUGGAAGAUGGGAAAAAAGAUUCAAAUCUUUUAGGUCAAAGACGUACAUGUAUCAUGUUGAUGGAGUGUCUUAGCAUUUUGUUAACAAAUCUUGAAGAGAAGUCUCUUUCCAAGGUUAUAUCUAAAGAUAUAAAGGAACGGGCAAAGGCUAUUGCUGAGGAGUGGAAACCUAAAUUAGAUGAUCUUGAUUUAGAUGCUAGUAACGGAAACUCAUUGGAGGCUCAUGCUUUCUUGCAACUUGUUGCUACCUUUGGUAUUGAUUCUGACUUUGUUCAAGAAGAUUUAUCGAAGUUGAUACCAAUGGUGUCUCGUCGUCACCAGACAGCUGAUCUUUGCCGCUCCCUUGGGUUGUCAGAGAAGAUGCCAGAUGUGAUUGAUGUGUUGGUGAAUAGUGGAAGGCAUAUCGAUGCUGUUAACUUAGCAUUUGCUUUCGAGCUUACGCAGCAGUUUUCUCCAGUUUCAUUGUUGAAAAUGUACUUAAUGGAGGCAAGGAGAGUCCCUUCACCAAUCAAAUCAGGAAAUCUGUCUCCUACUGCGCAGAAUGAUGUCACUGAGAGAGAACUAUCUGCGUUAAAAGCCGUCAUCAAGUGUAUUGAAGAGCACAAGCUUGAAAGUCAGUACCCAUUGGCCUCACUUCAAAAAAGGAUCCUUCAGCUUGAGAAAGCAAAGGCUGACAAAAAGCGAGCCACAGAAGUUGCAAAACCGCAGCCUAAAAGACCCCGAGCAAACGGCAUAGCAGGAUACGCACCCCGAAACUCUAACAUUGCCGCAGCUGAUAAGAACUACUACCCUAGAAUGACAGAUAGGUUUGCACCGCCAACACAGUACAUGUAUGACAACAGACCCUAUGCUUACCCUGGUCCAGCUGAUAACCACAUUCCCACUUACAUGGGAACCCCGGCUUACAACAUGAUUCCUAACCAUGGCCACUAUUUCGCAACCGGAUACCAGUACCAGGCUCCUUAUCUGCACUAAACUUGUAGGCGACGGUAAGAAACUUUGAUCCUGAACUUAUUUUAACUUCUAGGAGUUAACCCUGUUGAAUUAAUCAGUUGUUUUAAUGUAAUAUGGAAAAAACUUGUGAAAAUGGAUGAAAAAAAAUGUUUUUAGAAUAUGCGUACCUAGUUCUAAACUUUGUUGUAUUAGCUGAUACUGGAAAUGUAAUCCUCUAAUAUAUGUACUUCUGUUGUUAGUUGUGUGA